AUGGCGUUAAAUAGAACAACAACAACAAAUCUUUGUCCCGCUGAAGCUACACGUAUCCGCCUCGUAUCCGUGCCUGGCUUUGCCAACGGGUUGAUAGGCGGGUUCAGUAAGAUCCUCAAGCAUGAGGGUAUUGGGGCACUUUACUCCGGAUUCGGGCCUAUUUUGUUCAAACAGGUUCCAUAUACCGUAACAAAAUUUGUCUCUUUCGAGAAGAUUUCCGAGUUCUUCUUUGCUCGCCUCGAUAACUCCAGGUCCGGAACCACACAGCUCGCGAUCAAUAUGGGAUCCGGACUCAUAUCAGGCUGCGCCGCUGCCGUCAUCUCGCAGCCCGCCGACACGAUGCUCUCCAAAAUCAACAAGACAAAAGGGAUAUCUGGCGAAAGUACCGCGUUUCGUCUUUACAAGAUCGCGGGCGAGCUCGGAUUCCGUGGUUCCUUUGCCGGGCUACCGGCGCGCCUAUUCAUGAUUGGUGGGCUCACCGCUGGCCAGUUUGCCAUCUAUGGCAGUAUCAAAAGCGCUCUUGGUAUGGCACUCAUGUCUUUUCCCUUGUCUGAGCUGAUGAUAAAUGCAUAG